AUGCAAUUUGUUUUACAAGAGGAAAACGCGCACUAUUCACAAAAUCCAUCGAGAAAUAAUCAUAGAACACAACCUUUUGAAAAUAACUCGAGACCAAUAUAUGAUUUCAAACCUAAUUAUCAACCACCUAUUCAAAAUCAGUAUAGAAAUUUUAAUUCGCCCAGUUCCAGUUCACAAACAUUCAAUUCUCAGACUCUGAAUAAUUUAUUCACAAGACAGAACAACUUUCCUUUACAACCAAUCCCAAUAAAAAUCCAAGAACUAUACAUCAAAAAUUUCCUAGAGCCUCACAAGUUUUCAAAUGUAAACGUUUUCAGGCCAAACCCGAACGCAAACUUACCUAAGCCAACACCCAUGUCCAUUAGCACACGAGCUACCGCUCCAAAUUUCCAAAAUCAACCAAUAUAUAAAAGGCCGCCGUCAUCUACAAAUAAUUUUAGACAAUCUAAACGGCCGAACUACACUUCUGAAGAAUUAUAUAACGUCGAUAUUCAAGAAAACUAUGAUCCCGAAAAUUGGGAAUAUUUGAACAAUAAUUAUGAUGAUUCUGAUCAACUUUACCUAAAUAAUUCUAAUUCUAAUAAUGACGGUAGAGUAAAUAGAAACGAAAAUUUUCGUUAA